AAGCAUCACAAACACGAGAACGGAAGGGAGGACAUCUUUGUGUCUAUAGAUACUGAAGGGGCACGUGUUAAAGACAAUGCUUAUUUUUAUUCUACCGCUAUGCACCACGUGGGAAGCAGAAAGAAUUUUUCUUUUUCAGGUAACACACGUUCGGUGUGAAGGACAAACACACUCCCGCACAAAAGGUCGCGGUACUCAGCCCAAAGCUGUUUGCGAGCCGCCGUUCAGACCCGGUGAAAAACACGAAGAAGAACCUCCACUUGCCAGAACUCCCAUCUGUCCCACAGCACGUGAAGGCAGCACGAGUCACGCGGUGUUUGUGUCAGAGGGGAAACAUGGCGGACGACGGAGAAUCGCUGGAGUCCUGGCUCAACAAAGCCACAAACCCUUCCAACAGACAGGAGGACUGGGAGUAUAUAAUGGGAUUCUGUGACCAAAUCAACAAGGAACUGGAAGGCCCGCAAAUUUCCGUAAGGCUGCUGGCUCACAAGAUCCAGUCCCCUCAGGAGUGGGAGGCGAUACAGGCAUUAACGGUUCUCGAGGCUUGUAUGAAGAACUGCGGGCGGCGGUUUCACAAUGAAGUUGGGAAAUUUCGAUUUUUAAAUGAAUUGAUUAAGGUGGUUUCGCCCAAAUAUCUGGGGGACAAAGUGUCAGAGGGAGUGAAGACGAAAGUGAUCGAGAUGCUGUACAGCUGGACUGUGUCUCUGCCGGAUGAAGCAAAGGUCGUUGAAGCGUAUCAGAUGCUGAAGUCCCAGGGUAUUGUUUCAUCCGACCCAGAAGUUCCCCUUGGUGCUACGUUCACACCAUCGCCCUCUCCGCAACCCAAGAAUCCCGUGUUUGAUGACGAGAAGAAGAGCAAGAGAUUAGCAGAGCUGCUAAAGAGCAAAAAGCCGGAGGACCUGCAAGAAGCCAAUCGGCUCAUCAAGAACAUGGUGAAGGAGGACGAGGUGAGAACACACAAAGAGAAAAAGCAGAAAAGCACCUUGGAGGCGGUGAACAGCAGCGUCAAACUGCUUACCGAGAUGCUCUCUCACUUCAGCCCGGAGGAAUCCACUGACGGAGACAAGGAGCUCAUUAGGGAGCUGUACGGGGACUGCGACAAGCUGAGGCAAACUGUGUUCCAGCUGGCCACUGAGACGGAGGAUAACGACAGCAGCUUGGGAGACAUCCUCCAGGCCAGCGAUGACCUCUCCCAUGUCGUUCAUUCUUAUAAGAAGAUUGUGGAAGAACAGAUCGUCAAUGGCGGGACUGGGGAUGCACGACAGACACAAUUAUCAAUCAGACAAGGUCGCACAAACCAGUCCGAGAUUCUGAUCGACCUGAUGGGUUUGGACGUCCAGGGCGUCUCCCGCCCCCCCCCGACAUCGCCCCUGUCUCUUCCUGCUGACCUGCUGUGUGGGUCUGCUCCCUCUGCAGCGCUCUCCUUGCUGGAUGAGGAGCUGCUGUCUUUAGGCCUCAAUGAACCCGCUCCUGCACCGAAUAAAUCUGCACAUGUGAACUUCAACAACGGUUUGCCAUCUUUACAGGAUUCAUAUUCCAGUCACAAUUUAAAUUUUUUUGAAACCGCUUUGCCUUCGGCUCCCACGUCGUCGCUCUUUCCCGACGCCCUUGCUGUGACGGCAGACCCAGUUCACUCUGCCAAGGCUUCCAUAGCUCCAUACCCCGGCCAUGUUUCCUCCACGUCUCCGGUCUCUACAGUGUCCGUCUCAACGCCGUCAGCCGUCUUCCCGCAGUCCUUCAGCUCAGCAUUGACCUCCGCUGCUCCUACUCGGUCAUUCCACGGGGCCUCAGCUCCUCUCUCCACGUCCUCCGGCGCGUCCCAACCGACUCCGAGUCAUAACCUGCAGGACCUUGCCAUGCUGGAUCUGGGCAGUCCUAAAAUCACGCCGGCUGUGGCGGACUUCAGCCGCUUGCUGGUGAAGAGGGACGACCUGCUCGCUCCCGCUGCCCCGUCCUCCAGCGUCGGAGUCGCCGCCGCCGCCGCAUCCACCUCGCUGCUCCUCGGGGAGGCCACUCCUCCGCCUGCCAAGAGCCAGGCGGAGGACAGCCCCCUGUUACGCUCCCUCUCCCCCAUCCUGCCCCUAGGCCAGGCCAGCCAGGGCACAGGACGAGAGGUGUCCCUGGCCAACAUCUUUGUUCCUCUGGAUGCCAUCAAGCCAAGUAAAGUGUGUCCCGUCACGGCUUACGACAAAAACGGAGUGCGUGUCCUGCUGCAUUUCGCCACCGACUGUCCAGUGGGCCGACCCGAUGUCCUGGUGAUGGUGGCGUCCAUGCUCAACACGGCGCCGCAGCCGGUCAGGAACAUCACUCUGCAGGCUGCUGUGCCCAAGACGAUGAAAGUGAGGCUGCAGGCGCCCACAGCGACGGAGCUGGCUCCUUUUAACCCGAUCCUUCCCCCCGCUGCCAUCACGCAGGUCAUGCUGCUUGCAAAUCCUCUCAAGGAAAAGGUGCGGAUGAGAUACAAACUGAUGUUCACGUUGGGAGAGCAGCCACACUCGGAAGUUGGGGAGGUGAAUGAGUUUCCGCCUACUGACAGAUGGGGGGCUCUAUAGCCCGGCCUGCAGACUGCAAGACAAUUUAAUUCGGGAAAAGGGCAGUACUGGAAGACUUUUAGCGAAAAUAUUGAGCGUUUUUCUGCUUGAGAUGGCCCACUGAAUGCUAUGUAGCGUACAUUCAAACUAAACGUUACUACAGUGCCAGAGGUAGCCAGUGAUUGACCAUGUCAAAUAUUCUUAAAUUAUUAUUCAUUUAUUAUUGUUAAUGUCAUAUCCAUUUGUUCUUAUUUUGAUGUUCAUAUUUACUCUCUCUCAAUACUAGAAAGUGAGCAAAAAGAUUGUUAAAGUAGACUGUGAAGCCUGGGUUGUAUGAACAUGUGACCACGACCUGCAUUUCACCUGAUUUGCUGCUGCCUAUGUACGUAUAACAACGUUUUACGCUUGGACAUUGGACUGAAGCACACUAAAGACCCCGCGUUGCUACAUAAAAAGGAACCCACACACCGGCCCUGUCAAGAAUACGUGUUUUGGGAGUUCUAUACUAACCCACAGCUCAGACAAUUGUUACGCUUUUUAGUCUUUAUUCAUUUGAAUGUAUUUAUUUAUUUAUUUUUGGGAAGGUUUUGAGAUCAUUCCAUUUCCUGUGUGGUAUUUCAAUUAAUGGUUUCAUUCCUUCUGCAUAUACUCGUUCUUAUGAUGGACACUAUUGGCACAAAUCACUAGUGUUCUGGCAAACAAAGAGUGUUACCUAAUAUUCAGACAUGCUGUUACAUUAUGAAGUAACAGGCUGGAUCCUAAGGAAAUACAUGGGUUCCUUUAUAUCCGGAUUGUGCACUUUGGAUUGCAUCUUAAUAAAGAAAAUGUGAUUCCUGCGAGAGGACCUCCGCCAGAGACCGAAAGCCCUUUUACUUGGUAUGUGCAACAUGAGCUGUUGAGGGCCCGGAUCGAAUGUGUGCAUAAAGUGUUGUGAUUGAGGAAGUGCUGGGCUGCUAACGGCUAAUCCCUGGAGACGGAAAGGAAUAUUGUUUGAAGGUAAUUAAAUGGAGUGCAUAGCGUUUGCUCUUGCUGCUGUUGUCAGACAGUGAAGAGGAAACUAAGCUAAAAGGGUGGAUUACUUCCCUGGAGUCAAAUGGUUAGCUUUGGUGGGACUUUCCUAUAUCAAUUUAGGAGAAUAUAAGCCUUGAGAAAAUACUUUAAAUCUUUAGUAAAACCUUGGUGAUUAUUUCAUACGAUCCGUGUUACUGUGUGGCUAAAAAGGAGAUUCCCUACAUCAACUAUUUGUCUUAGUUUGUCACAUGACAGUGUCAUUGCAUUUUUGGAAAAGCUACUCUUCUGCAUGGAAAAAUAAAGGAGAUCUAUUUGUUUUACAAUUUC